AUGACAAUGACAACAGUUGGUUAUGGUGAUGUUGUUGCAGUAAAUGAAAUUGAAAUGAUUGUUGCAUCAAUUGUAAUGUUUUUAUCUAGUUGUGCUUUUGCUUAUACAAUGAGCUCAAUAGGGAUUAUCUUAAAGAAUAUUUAUGAUACAUAAUUAAACUAUAAGUAUUAUUUUGAAUUGAUAAUUUAUUAGAAAAAAUCUAAUUUAAAUUACUCAAUUUAUGUUAAAAAAUAAUGUAGAUGAAUAAAUUUAAGGAAGAAUAAGAAAUUAUUUAAAUUCUUAAUUAUAUUAAGAGAAAAAGGAGAAUAUGGAUGAUGUGAACAAUAUCUUAAAUUCAUUACCUUUUAAUUUACAAUAAGAUUUAAAUGCAGAUAUCUAAGCUAGAGUAAUUAAGCAAAUCAAAUUAAUUAUAAAUCAUUUUUCUAAAUCAACAUAAAUAUAAGUUGCUAAGAAUCUUCAAUUAAUUUCACUAUUGGCUGGAGAUGUAGUAUAUAAAUAAGGUGAUCUUUAGGAGGAUAGUCUGUAAAAAAUAUCAUUUUUAUUUUAGAUAUUUUAUUCAUAAAGGUGAAGUGAAACAAACUGAAUUCUAAACCAAAACAACACUUAAAACAUUAUAAAAAAAUUAAUAUCUUGGAAUAUAUUCUUUUUUUACAGGUUUUUGUCCUAAAGAGACAGCUAUAUGUAAUAGUCCUACUUAAUUAUAUAAAAUAAAUAGGAAAAAAUUCUUAGAAAUUAUUCGAAGCAACCAAAAAGAUCAUGAAAUUUUUAAUCAUAUUAAAGACAAAAUUAUAUUUACAAAUAAUUUAGUGUUAUUUGAUCAUAAAUGCAAUUUUUGUAAUAGACCUUUUCAUUUGGAAAUUGAUUGUCCUUUAAUUUAAUAUAAACCAGAUUUAGAAUUAAUCUUGAAAAAAGAAAACUUUGCUGAAGAACACAAUUAUAGAAUUUCUAAGAAACGAAAAGACAAUAAAUAUAAUACUUUAGGAUAAUUGAGUAAAUUAAAUUAAUCUUUGAAUUAAUUUUAAGAAGAUUAAUAAAUAUAACUUUUUGGUUUGAAUGAAAAUAAUUAAAAUGAAACACCACAUUAAAGAACAGGGUUUUCAGAAGCUGUUUAUUAAAAUUCAGCAUAAAUGAUUGGUUAAAAUGCUUAAAAUCUUAGUGGUAUUAGUGAUGAAGAAUAAAAUUCAGAAAUGUAACAUACUCCAUAAAAUCAAUCAAAAUAAUUAAUAUAAUAAUAAAUAUUAAAAAAUCAUCAUAGUAUUCUUUUUUUAUUAUUUUAGGGUCUUCAUUAUCAAAAAUAAAAUUUACUAAACUUGAACAAAGGGCAUCUAAAAGUAACUUCGCACCAAUUACAGAUCAUUAAAGUGGAUCAUUUAGCAUUCUUGAUGAAGUUAAACAUUAACUUUAUUAUCAAAAUACUUUCAAUAUAGAUAAAGUAAACUUUUUGAGUAUUUCAUAUAUGCCUUAAUACUCAUUAGAGUCAUAACUAAAAUAAAUGGCUAAAACAAUGAAAAGAAAAAACUAAAGACUUUAGAGAUUACAUGAUAAAUUUGACAAAUACACAUUCUUUCAUCAAGUCAAACAAUUAUCUAUCAAAUUAAGAGUUUAUUACAAAAGAAGUAAUAAAAACACUUUUUAAUGA